CUGGAGCCUCAGGACUACAACCUGGACAUCAGCAAGGGUUGGCGACUCCAGACAAGGUGGAGAUUCCGGGAGAGAUACAUCAAUCUGGAACCAGAGGAGCCACUGACCCAUGAGGAGGUGGAGGCACGACGGCGGAAAGUCCAGAAGAUCAAGAACAUUCUGGCCCGAUCCAGUGUGCACAAUCUGCAGCCGAUGUACCCGGAUGAGGUGGGCCCCUCGAUCUGGACAGCCACGUUCAGGAACAGGAGAGGAUGAUCACCAUAUCCUACGCUCUGGCCUCAGAGGCUUCUCAGCGCAGCAAGCAGGUAGCAGCUGCCCACUGCCCCCAUCACCCCCCAGCACCCCGCGGACUGCACGCCACCGUGGUCUG